GUGAUGUUUUAUCAUUUGGCACUACGUUCGUCUAUGUGCAAGAGUUUUAGUCCUAUCUGAACGAGACUAAACAGUGGGUAAUAGACGAUAAUUUAGUGGCCAAAUCGAUACUACUUUUGCAUCACCAUAUGACAGAUGAGGCUGCUAUAGACCUAGUCAGUCUGAGUCCGGUGGAUCAGAAGCCGAUCAAUGGAUCGUCGCCCCCACCAGAGAAGAUCAAAUGUCUUCUGGCAUUCGGCGUUACGGUCUUGGGCACUGGUUUCGCCUCGGCGAUGAUUGUUCUGAACAACGACAGAGUUCCUAUGACACAACCGCCACUGCCUGAUUUCUUGUUCGACCUGUUUCCAAGGACUGAGUUUGCAUUUCAGCUGGCUGAAUGUAUAAUGUUAUGUCUUAUAAUCACCAUGCUUGUGAUCAUCUUGCUGCAUCAUCAUAAAUGGAUCAUAUUUCGCCGUAUUUUUGUUAUGAUGGGGUUGCUGUAUCUGUUUCGAGGAGUAUGCGUGUAUGUGACGACUCUUCCAAACCCACGAACAGAUAAACAAUGUGCAACGCCAGCUGGGUCAGUGAUGGAAGCUUGGGCGCGAGUGUUUGCCCUGUUCUCUCGCAUCGGGUUGUCUGUGGCCGGUCAGAACUACUGCGGAGAUCUGAUUUUCAGCGGACACACCAUUUCAAUCACAGGACUGUAUCUCUACAUCAAUGAAUACACUCCAACGAACCUGCGGGUUCUGAGGUCUGCAUCAUUCAUCUUCUCAACAUUCGGCAUCUUCCUCGUGCUCAUCUCACGCGAGCACUACACCAUAGACGUCAUAGUCGCUUACUACCUGGUGACUCGGAUGUUCUGGACUUACCACACAGUUGCCAACUUCCCUGCUCUUCAGAAACAGUCGCGUUACAAUCUCUUGUGUCGCAACUUCUUACACCCUAUUGUGGUGUUCUUUGAGUGCAAUGUGGGGGGACCAGUGCCAAACGAGUUCGUCUCUCCUAGGACCAUCUCGAACUACAUCGCUGGAUACAGACCUCUAAACUUCAUGGCCAGAACUGCAAGUUGGUGGCAAUAGUGCAAUAAUCGACAGAUGAGAGCUGAACUCAUUUCGUAAAGCUGUGUUCUGAAUACACUAAUAUAGUUUUGUUUGUCAUCGUGUAAAUAAUUUGUCAGUUAGACAGUUAAUCGUGCUUUCGUGUGUCAUCGAGUUGAACAUCUAAUGUUGCUUUUGAAAAUUAAUGGUGCAAUUACGCAGUGCAGUCAUCAUUUGGCGUUUCAAAUUCUUCCUUCAAUUUUAUUCAAGAAGACAGGUGCUUUGAAUUUAUUCUGCUAAUAUUAUAUAACACUAC